AUGCCCGGACUGUCAGACCAACUCACUUAUGACGAUGCCGGCGAUAGCAUUAGCACUAGCACGACGGAGGAAAACCCGGUCAAUUUCGACGAUCUUAAUCUCCCACCACAUUUCUACGGUGGUGCCACGCAGUCAGCACUCGCCUCCUCCGAGAGGUCCCAACUGCCGUCAUCUCGUCUUCCAUCAUGGUUCCAUGAGCGCCCUGGACAGUCCGUGAAUGAACACGCUAUAUUUCACAGGCGCAGAGCCGAUCGAACAGCCGCGAACAACAUUCGGCGUUCUCAACCUGAGUUGCGAGGAUAUGAUGAUGAUUUCAUUCUAUCGUUGCCAACCGUCCCGAACAACCCAGAUGUUGAGCACGAUCGAGAUCGAGAUCGAGAUCGAGAACAACAGGCGGAUAAAAGUCCAGACCGAACUAUGGCGGUCUCUACAGCGUCAUCACCUGUGGCAUUGUCCUCAGCUCCAUCGUCACCGUCGCUGUUUCCAGCGCGUCCGCUACCAUCGGACGAAUUCCCCUCGUCGCGUGACCCCCGAUUCUGGGAGGUUCUGAGACAAAGUUUCUCUUGGAGAAAUGAUGUGGGUGAAAUUGAGAGUGGGGCUAGUAUGGGAACCGCAACUGAGACUGGACUGGAGCGUGAGGGACACUGGCUUGACGACAGUUCAAAUGAUUCUGGCGAAGUCUUGCGACCGGAUACAUAUCGCCCAUACAACCAGGCUUGGGAAGGCGUUGCAGAACGGGAAGAUGACAAUCGAGACAGUGAACAAAACGACUUUAAUGCCCGAGACUACCAAAACUCAGAUCACGAGUCGGACCGGGAACGAGAUAAUGUGAACGCUCCGCUUUCUAAUCUCUGUGGUCAGCGCAAUACUCAUCUAGAUCGCGAGGAGAGGCGCGUGCUGGAAGAAUUCGAUCUUGCCAUCAGAUCUGAUCAGAGAAGCAGAAUUGGGGGCGCGUACACUGGCAGAAGGCAUCGGGAGUGGAGCGGAAGAUAG